UGUUGUGAUCGUGGGCUGCGUCGUUGCUUCACUCUUUCCAAAGGAUCCGCAGAAAUGGGGGUUAUAUGUACGAUUUUCUUGAUUUUGGUGUCAUUGUCAUCAGCUGAAAAUUCGAGUGGCAAAUCGAUGGUGUCUGGGUGCUACAAAUCCAUUAUUAGCUUCGGCGAUUCGCUGGCGGACACCGGUAAUAUUCUUGUCGGCGGUAUACACAUCAGCCCGCCGCUCUCUGCAAACCCUCCCUACGGCCGGACUUACUUUCACCGCCCUACCGGAAGAUUCUCCGACGGCCGCCUCGUCCUUGAUUUCAUCGCACAGCGUUUGGGGCUGCCUCUAGUGAAGCCGUACGCCGCCGAAGAAACCGGGGAGGCCCGCCGCCGGAGUUUCAGUAAAGGAGUGAAUUUCGCGGUGGUCGGAGCCACGGCGCUUGAUUACGAGUUCUACGACAAGAUUGGAUAUCAGAAUCAAGACACAAAUGUCUCUCUGGGAACUCAAUUGGACUGGUUCAGAAGAUUUCUGGCCUCAAUUCCUGCUCAUACAGAUGGAAGAAAAUAUGUCGAAAAUUCUUUGGUUAUAAUGGGAGAAAUCGGGGGCAACGAUUACAGUUAUCCAAUCCAGGAGGGAACAACUCUUGAAGAGCUUCAAUCAUUCGUGCCGGCAGUUAUUUCCUACAUCGGAUCUGCAAUUGAAGAAGUGAUUGAGCAUGGUGCUGUGACUAUCCUUGUCCCGGGGAUACUACCUGCUGGUUGUUUGCCUAUCUUUCUAACACUAUUCCAGAAUUCGAGUGCCGACGAAGACUAUGAUCCCAGAACUGGCUGUCUCAAUUGGCUGAACAAGUUCAUCCAUUACCACAACGAUCUUCUCCAAAAGAAACUGCAGAGAAUAAGGCAGCUUCAUCCUUGCGCCAACAUAAUAUAUGCAGAUUGUUACAACGCCGCAAUGCGCUUUUAUCUUUCCCCCGAACAAUUUGGAUUCGGGGACCGAGUUCUUAGAGCUUGUUGUGGAGCAGGAGGACCAUACAAUUUUAAUGCAUCGGCGCGAUGUGGUGUUCCAGGAGCAACGAGCUGCGACGAUCCAGGUUUGUAUGUUAGUUGGGAUGGAAUUCACUCGACGGAGGCAGCCAACGGGUUUAUUGCCGAGGCCUUGCUCGAAGGCUCGUAUACUUAUCCUCAUUUGAGAAGCAUUUGUGGUAAAUCCAUGUCCGGGCGUGGGGGUUAUUAUGAAUACUGCGUUGGACUUGGAAGGAUUACAUUACGAAAAUUUAAAAUCAAAAUAAGAGAAAUGGCUGUUGCAGGUAAUGCUGCUUUCUUCCUAAUGAUUCUAUUUGCAGUAUCAAGAUCAGUAUCAGCAGGAGGAGGAGGAGGACGAAACGAUUCGAUGUUUGGAUGUUACGAAUCAAUCGUCAGCUUCGGCGAUUCGCUGGCCGACACAGGGAAUAUCCUUUUCCCGAGCGUGCACAACACCGUGCCGCCGUCGGCUAGCCCGCCCUUCGGCCGGACCUUCUUCAACCACCCCACCGGAAGAUACUCCGACGGCCGCCUCGUUAUUGAUUUCAUCGCGCAGAGAUUAGGGCUGCCUCUAUUGAACCCUUACUUUCCCCGGCGAGGAAAUGACAAGGAGGAAGAUCGCCGGAGUUUCGAAACAGGCGUGAACUUCGCGGUGGCCGGAGCUACGGCGCUCGAGUGUGAGUUUUACGAGAAGAAUGGAUAUCACAAUCCGAUCACCAACUCCUCCCUGGGAAAUCAGCUGGACUGGUUCCGAACCUUCCUGGCCGGACUUGCAGACAGCAGACAGUAUCUGGAAAGGUCUCUGGUUGUGGUGGGAGAGAUCGGAGGAAACGAUUACAAUUACCCCCUCCAGCAAGGGACAUCUCUCUAUCAGCUCAAACCAUUAGUCCCUCACGUCGUAAGCUACAUCGGAUCCACAAUUCAAGAGCUCAUCAGGCUUGGAGCUGCUACUCUUCUCGUCCCCGGCAAUCUUCCUCUGGGUUGUUCGCCUAUAUACUUAACACUCUACCAGUCGAGCCCCGACAAGUAUGAUCCGAGGACUGGCUGUCUCAAUUGGCUAAAUGCCUUCUCCAGGUACCACAACAAGCUUCUCGUCAAGGAACUGGAGAGGAUCAGGAAGCUUCAUCCUCAAGUCAACAUAAUCUACGCCGAUUAUUACAGCGCCGCAAUGCGCAUGUAUCUCUUCCCCAACCUCUGUGGGUUCGGGAGGCGAGUUCUGAGAGCCUGCUGCGGCGGCGGAGGGCCGUACAAUUACAACCCAUCGGCGGGAUGCGGUGGCGAAAAGUCGCAGUGCUGUGACAAUCCUGGGUCGUACGCGAGCUGGGAUGGGGUCCACUUAACAGAGGCUGGGAAUAGAGUCGUAGCCCAAGGCAUUCUAGAAGGGCCCCACAGUUAUCCUCGCUUUUCAGCCAUAUGUCCUGAACCGCCAAUAUCCCACCCUUACCUGCAGUAGCUAGAACUAGAAGGAUCGAUUCGAUUUUCCCUUCCCAUUUCGGGCAAUCAUCAGAGUUUGUGUAUACACAUGGAUUUUGUGUUAGAUUCUUACACGUGUAUUUAUUUUGUAUAUGAUGACGAAUAUAUAUAAUUGUAAUGCUGUCGGGUUGAUUUAUGGUUUUAUCGUUAAUUGGAUUUGAGGAUUGGAAA